AACAGUGCGCACCGUGACAACGUGGAAGGGGGAGGAAAGGUUUCAGCGUUUGGACGAAGCAUUCCUCAAACAGGGACACGGUACCAGUAACAAGUUUAAGCUGUUGCUUUACAGUUUGGUUGCAUUUUGCUGAUUGUGAGUCGCAAGUCUUUUGAACGAUCGCAUUCCAGAAACUGCGACAUCAUGGAUGGCCUGGAAAAGCAGCUAAUCUGUCCGAUCUGCCUGGAGAUGUUCACCAAGCCGGUGGUGAUCUUACCCUGUCAACACAACCUGUGCCGGAAAUGUGCUAAUGACAUAUUUCAGGCCUCAAAUCCUUAUUUGCCAACACGUGGAGGUUCUACGAUGAGCUCUGGUGGUCGGUUCCGUUGCCCCUCUUGCAGACAUGAAGUGGUCCUAGAUCGACAUGGUGUUUAUGGACUCCAACGGAACCUUCUAGUGGAAAACAUAAUCGACAUGUACAAACAGGAGACAAUCAGUACAAGCAAUAAAGCAGAGCCACAGCAGAAACCAGCUGUAAUGAUGUGUGAGUUACAUGAGGAUGAGAAGAUUAAUAUUUACUGUGUGUCCUGCUCUGUUCCCACCUGCUCCUUGUGCAAAGUGUUUGGUGCUCAUCAGAACUGUGAAGUUGCACCAAUCAGUAGUGUCUACGAGAACCAGAAAACAGAGUUGUCAGAGGGUGUUGCUAUGCUUGUGGGAAACAAUGACAGAAUUCAAGCCAUCAUCAGCCUGCUGGAGGAGAGCUGCAGAUCUGUGGAGGAGAAUGGUCGCAAGCAGAAAAUGCAUGUGUGUGAGUCGUUUGAUCACCUGUAUGCAUUACUGGAAGAUAGGAAAGGUGAGCUGACACUUAAAAUCAGCUCUGAACAGCAGGAGAAGCUCAAUUACAUCAAAGGCCUACAGCGCAGGUAUACAGAGCAUCUGGACAAUAGUGCAAAGCUGGUGGAGACAGGAAUCCAAACCAUGGAGGAACCAGAGAUGGCCCUAUUCCUGCAGAAUUCAAAGCCUCUACUACAGAAGAUAGUAGAAGGGAGGAACACUUCUUACUUGGAGAAGUUGGAGCGUGGUUAUGAAAAUAUGGAUCAUUUUACUGUCAGCUUUGAGCAUGAAAAAAAAGCCAUCCUUAACAUUGACUUCACCAGAGAUGAUGAUGGAGCUGAUGAGGAAGAGGUUCUUGAAAUUCAAUUGGUUAAUGAUGCAAGUGUCAGUAGCUGGACUCAGGAGUCUGAAGAAUUUAAGACAUCCCCUGUCAAGCAAAGCCCUAUCCUGACUUCAGUCUCCCAACCAGUUGAAGACAGCGCAUCUCAACUGACUGCGGCUCCAAGCCCUGCUCAGACAGUGGACUCCAGUUCAACACAAAACACAUCACUUUCUACUUCCACUACUGUCCAAACAAAAAGCACUAGCAUGUCACAGAAUAUAUCCUCAGUCACACCAACUCCAACCACAGACCCCAGUGCUCCAGAAAAAACUGCAGCAGAGGGAUCCACCAACCCCAGUGCAGGAAUUGCCAAUCAAAGCUCAGAUGGGCCACGCCAUGUUUUCUCCUUUUCCUGGCUAAAUACACCCAAAUAAAAAUGAUGUUCUAAAUGAGGCAAUUUCUUUUUACCAGACAUUCAGCUAAAAUCACAUGACUUUUUGGGUUUUCUUUUUCUUAAGAGACAUUACAUGAAGCAGAUAUUCCAUUAUGAUAAAUAUAUAUUCCAUUAUGAUAUAUACGAAUAAAUGAAUAAAUAAAUAUAUACUGAAAAAUUCACUUAUUGACUUGCCCAAGUACAACUUAUCAUGAAGGAAAUAUAGGUUAAAGCAGAAGCAAAACUAAACAACUUCCACUCUGGUGUCCUCUGCAUGAAAUUGAAUGUAAUUUGGAACGUCAAACUGCUUUUAUUUUAAUUUUAACUAAAAAUUUUCAAUGUUUAUCUAAAACUAUUAAAAUAUUUUGCAAUAAAUAAACUUCCUUCAUGUUCAUAUAUCUGUUAUAUAUAUAUUAUCUGACUGCACUCUUCAUUUCAGACUCCAGCAGUGGGACAAUGUAUUGGACAGCACAGAAUAAUCCGAAAGCUAUAAAAUUCUGUAAUUAAAUGUGAUCAUUGCUCAGUAAGGGGUGAGUGAAAAAAAUAAAAGAAUAUGAAUGUAAA